UGAAUCUUCUACAUCACCACAAGCAAAGGCGAGAACUCUUCGAUACAUUGACCUACCAAUUCAAGUUUAAAGUUCAAUAAUUUAAGGUUCUGAAAAUGUUUUCAGUCAAAAGAAAAUGCUACACCCAAGUAGCAGUGUUAGGAAGAGGCGCUUUUGGCAUAGUGUACAAGGUGAGAGAGAAUGGCAGAUCAGGGAGUGUUUACGCGCUGAAAAAAAUCGAAGUUGAAAAUAAUGAGGCAGUAAACAAGGCGAAAAAGGAGGUUGGUAUAUUGGACAAGUGCAGACACGAUCAUAUUGUACGAUUCUGUGGUCUCGAUACAACUAAGAUUUCCAGAUCUACUUUUGUUCUGAUUUUGAUGGAGUACUGUGAAGGCGGAAAUCUCAACAGUCGUCUAGCAAGAACAAGUGAUAAAGAAACUAACCUACGAUGGAUGAAAGAGUUGGCCAGUGCUAUGGAUUAUCUGCACUCCAAGAACAUAGCUCAUCGAGAUCUGAAGCCAGAAAACGUAUUACUGACGGCCCAAGAUUCCAUCAAGUUGGGGGACUUUGGUCUCGCCAGAGAGUUCGCAGCUGUCAAACAAGUUAAUGCAACACGAUCAAUCAAUCAAGUCCUUAAAUCCCAAAGUACAUAUUACAUGGAAACAUUCGCAGGAUCACCUUACUGGAUGGCACCUGAAGUGUUUGAUCACAAACACUAUACAAAGAAAGCAGAUAUCUUUUCGCUCGGUACAAUAUUCUACUCCAUUGUUAAGCGAAAAUACCUAAUCACCCGUUCUGGCAUGAAAUACUUUGGAGCAUUUGUCAAGACUACCGGUGGUCAAGAGAUUGGCCUUGGCAUGGCGAUGAGAAAAAAUCGUUAUAAUAUGGUGCCGCUGGAUGGAUUACCAGACUCUACGAGGGAGCUGCUUCGUACUAUGCUGGCGUACGAUCCCAAGAACAGACCCACCACAAAACAAGUACUUCAAAAGUUACAACCUUAGUAACAUCAGGCUCACAGAAGAAGAAACCACUCACAUACAAGCCCAUCUGUUUGCUUUUAUGAAUUUUCCCUUUUAGCACCACUUAUAAAUAAACUAGAGUUUUCCGAUUUACCGGUACAAACGCGGUUUUGGCACUCAAUAGUACCAGACGAUAAUACCAACUUUAAAUGUUCCAAAUUAUAGCACCUUAAAUUCUCUGUUUGUUGUUCGUUUUUAAAAGAGAGAUAAAAAGGGAUAAUCUAAAGGUCUGGGGAAUAAUAUUUUGCUUUUUUGACUAACUAUUUCGGGAUGGAUCUGGAGAAAUUUGAC